AUGAAAAUGGGUGAUGCGGAAGGUCGACAACGCGAAGGAGGACUGCCUGGAGGACAGGCGCAGCCGCGUCCGGAUCCGGGCGUCGGUGCCGCGCCUCAAAAUGAUGGACCACCGCCGCCAUAUGAGCAAGAACCGGCCGGCGGGUCCGCGUCGAAAGAGACGUUGCCAAGUUACGCAGAGGCCACGCGUCAGAGCCAAGACGCUUCGAACAACGCCGCCAUCCCGCUGCCACCGGUGCCGGACUUCUCGGAAGUGCCGCAGCCACCGGUGGCCUCGUGCUCGACGUCAAGCUUCACAGCCGUCACCAAGGGCCCGCCACUCGACGAGAAUGAGCACCCGUACGUCGGGCUCAUCAACCAGGCCAUGACGUGCUACCUCAAUUCGCUCAUCCAGACGCUCUACAUGACGCCCGAGUUCCGGAACAGCCUCUAUCGUUGGGAAUACGAUCGGAGCGACGGUGGCGCGACCAACAUCCCGUGCCAGCUGCAAAAGCUAUUCGUCAUGCUGCAGACAACGGACAGAUGCAACGCCGAGACCACCGAGCUGACGAACAGCUUCGGAUGGACAACCACUGACGCCUACGAGCAGCACGACAUCCAAGAGCUGUGCCGGCUGAUGUUCGAAGCGCUCGAGAACCGCUGGAAGAACACGGCGCAAAAGGACCUCAUCCAGAAGCUCUAUAGGGGUACGAUGGAGGACUUUGUGAAAUGCCUCGGAUGUGGCAACGAGAAAGUGAAGCCCGACUACUUCUUGGAUCUGCCGCUCGCCGUGCGCGCUUUCGGCUCCCAGAAUUCCUAUCACAGUGUGGAGGAAGCCCUCGCAGCCUUCAUCCAGCCCGAGACAUUGGACGGCGACAACCAAUACCACUGCGACUCAUGCGAAAAGAAGCAGGAUGCGCAGAAGGGCUUUCGCAUCACGCAAUUCCCUUACCUGCUCUCCAUCCAGUUGAAGCGCUUCGACUUUGACUACAACACGCUGACCCGGUGCAAGAUAGUGGACAGGGUCACGUUCCCGGAUGUGCUCAACCUGAACCCGUUCGUCGGCAAGGCCACGCCGAAGGUCGCGCGCAGCAGCGAUGUGAAAGCCGGACAGCAGAUCGACCACGAGGCCGUGAUCAAGAUGAUUCAAACAGAGGGUGAAAACGUCUACGAGCUGUUUUCGGUGAUGGUGCACUACGGCACGGCGAACGGCGGCCACUACUUUGCGUACAUAAAAAAUCUCGACCAAGAGAAGUGGUACGAGUUCAACGACACGAAAGUCGCCUGCGCCUCCCUCCACGACAUCAACAAGACGUUCGGCAGCUUUUCCGGCAAUCAGGCCGUCGCCUACAUGCUCGUGUACCGCAAGAUUUCCCUCGAUCAGAACGAGCACUUUUUGCGCACCGCGGAGCUGCCGGAGCAUAUAAACCGGUUGAUGGCCCGAUGGACGCAAGACGAGGAAAACCGGGCCAAACAACUCGAGGCCGACGCCAAGCUGGUCAAAAUCGUCGUGCAGCUCAACGUCGCCACCAAGGUGCUUUCAAGAAGCCGCCCUCCGGUGCACCAGUUCGAGCUGUCGCGCGAGAAUCAAUUGGGGGAUAUCAUCAAGGAGAGCGCCAAGUAUUUCGUCGCGGAAGAGGAGGACUUGCAGCUGAAUUUCCGAGAUUGCCGCCUGUUGGAGUGUGACGCGCUGCACCGCCAGAUCACCUACGAGCACACGGCGCGCAAUGAGCUGAACAAGCUGAUCGACUCUCGGCUGCCAACGAUGGGCUCACACAACGGCUACAAACCCUCGCGGCCCGAGCUCCAUUUCCUGCUCGACGUCAAGCGUCCCGAGAACAUGUUCUACCCGGCGUUCCCGGAAAGUCACGAGUCGGUGUGCACCUUCCAGGUGUUCGUCGUCGACUUUGUCAACGAUCGCCUCUCGCGUUUCCUGAUGGCCGUCGGCAGGAAGGAGAGGGUCAUCGAGGUGCGCAGGAAGAUCGGCACCAUCCUUGGCACGACCCCGCACGAAUUCUUGCAAUAUCGGCUCUACUACGAGCGACGCCCACCGAAUCAACCAAGCACGCUGGUCGCCGCCGAAAAUGGCUUCCCGCUCUGCCAGCUCUGGUCGGACAACCUCUCGGAACCCGUUGCGCUGUUCAUCGACGGCAUGGCGGACAGCUCCAUUGAACACCAACAAGAGGUUGCGGCCGAUCGACAACUGCCUUUUCAGGAUUCGCGCAUGUUCCAUCUGCUCGACCGCAACAAGCAUUCCAUCGAAAUACUCGUCGAGUUACCAAAUGAAGAAGAAAUUACUCGUGCCCAGCGACUCGGCCACUUUGGCGACCCCGUCGACCCGGAGAUGAUGGAUGCCACGGAUUCGAUGUCGUUCUCGAUGGACGUCGUUGAAGCGCCAUCUGAGGUGGCCACCUCCGCCAGCGACGAGCCCACCUACUCGCUGGAGCUGCUCGGCCAGCCCGAACCCCUGAUUUUUGGCGGCUCCGAUGCGGCUCCCGCCUGCAGCCAGUCCAGCUCGCUGGACGAUGAGGACGAGCUGAUGACGCCCGGCAGCUUUUGCAACAACACACCACUGCUCUCUCCAAACGUGUCCGAGGGCGGCGAAGAUGAUCCGAUGGGUGCCGGCGAGGAGAGCCAGAAUAGGAUGGACAUUUGGGGCGACAAGACGACGUACACCCAGGAAGAACACUACACGGCGCUAGAUGACAUGACGAAUGCCACACGGGGCAGCCUGAUCGAUGAUCCUGGAGCGCGACUUCAAGAUCCGCCCCGAGACUGGCGCGAGCUGAUCCGCGUGCUUGAAACUACACAAACAGACACGCAUCCCGAGCUCCGUCUCGACGUCGACCGCCGUCUCCUCACCUACAAAUUCAAAGAGUGGCUGGCCAGGUACCUCGACUAUGACGAGAGGAAAUUCGGAUUGGCCCGCUAUCAACCGAAUUCCGACCAAAAUGUCGAAAUCACCACCAAGGCGGACACGACGAUGGAGGAGGUGUGCAGGAUGUCAUUGAAGGUCGCGCUAACUCUACGUGCUCCGCUUCGUGAGGGUGAGAAGAUGUUGCUCGUUCAACGCUUCUGCACCGAGGAGAUUGAUUAUGCCCGACAAGCCCCUCUCUGCCGCCUCCAUUGCCGGACAAAUACGCCAAUCGAGGCCCUGCUCGAGCAAUGCCGUCGCCACCUCGCCGUCGACUUCAACGAUGAAGUUCCUGUUGAAAGACUCCGCUUCCGCGCGAUCGAGGACGCGCUGCGCAUGACCAUGCUGCCGACGACCGGCCACAUUGGACCCGUCUGGCAAGACAUUGUCUAUCUGGAGAUUUUGCCAGAAGAAGCCGUCGGCGCCACCGGCCAGUCGAUCUUCAUCCGGCGCUACCGGCCGUCGGUGCCCGACUUUGACGCGGCCGAGGACCUCUUCAUCGUGCCCACCGCCGAGAAUCAAGAGCAGACGCUGCGCCAAGCCAUCUCGGAGCGCUCGAACAUCCCGGCUGAUCGGCUGCAGUUUGUUGAGCCGACCAACCAAUGGGAGAAGUUCCCGUACGCCAAGACGCGCAUCCAGCUUCACGACCGCCAUCGCUGGACCUCGGAAUUGAAGUUUGGUGAGAAGUCGAUCGAGAAGCUCGCCGGCAAGGUUCUUUACUACAGGGAUGGUGGCGAGGAGGUGAAGGUGCUCACCGAGGAGGACCGCAAGCAGAUGAACAUCAAGGAGCAGCGGGCGAACAGCGGCGCGUGGAACACCACGAAAUACCGACGUCACGAGCGCCCGCUGCGCAUCAACAUGGGCUCGAUGUCGGAGGGC